AUGGCAAUGGCAAACAACAAAACACAAUGUUUUAAAUGCAAGAAAGAAAAAACAAAAUACUCUUGUAGAGGAUGCUCACAAAGAUUUUGUUGUACGGAUUUAGCAGAGCAUAAACAGUUAUUAAAUGAAGAAUUACAUCAUAUUACUAAUGAUUAUGAUGAAUUUAAACAAAGAAUUAAUGAACAAAAACAAAAUCCAGAAAAUUAUUCAUUAAUAAAACAAAUUAAUCUAUGGGAAAUAAAUUCGAUUGAAAAAAUUAAACAAAAAGCAGAAGAGUACAGAGAAAAUGUGAUUAAAUCAUCACAAACAUGUAUCAAUGAUAUUGAAAUGACAUUUAAUGUUUUACGUGAACAAAUAAAACAAAUUCAUGAAGAAAAUGAAUUUAAUGAAAUGAAGUUAAAUUAUUUAAGAAAUCAAUUGAUGAAAAUUACAGAAGAAUUAAAUAAUCCAUCAAAGAUUUCUAUUGAACAAGAUUCAAAAUCAUUUAUUGGUGAAAUUUUAUUUGUUUUCUCAAAAAAACCAAAAUUCAAUAAAUGGAAACAAGAUGCCAUCACUGUAGCUGCUGGAAAUGGACAAGGACACAGAUUAAAUCAACUUUGUGGUCCCCAUGGAAUCUUUAUUGAUAAAAACAAAAAUAUUUUCAUUGUCGAUCGUGAUAAUCAUCGUAUUGUUGAAUGGAAAUAUAAUGCAAAGGAAGGACAAACUAUUGCAGGUGGAAAUGGCAGAGGAUAUCUAAUAGAUCAAUUGAAUCGACCAACAGAUGUAAUUGUUAAUCAACAAGAUCAUUCGAUCAUUAUUACCGAUUCUGAGAACAAACGGAUGAUUCAAUGGUCUGGUCAAAAUCAAACAGUUCUCAUUAAGAAAAUUCACUGUUGGGGCUUGGCAAUGGAUAAGUACGGAUUUCUUUAUGUUUCUGAUUGUGAGAAGAAUGAAGUGAGACGAUGGAAAAUGGGAGAAUACAACAAUGAAGGAAUUGUAGUGGCAGGUGGAAAUGGCAGACGAGAUCAACUCUCUUAUCCUACUUUUAUCUUUGUUGAUGAAGAACAAUCUGUUUAUGUUUCAGAUUCGUUCAAUCAUCGUGUGAUGAAGUGGAGAAAAGAUGCAAAAGAAGGAACAGUUGUAGCUGGAGGAAAUGGGAAAGGAAAAAAUCUCAGUCAAUUAUAUUAUCCUGGAGGAGUAAUUGUUGACCAUUUUGGUCAAAUCUAUGUGGCAGAUUCUUGGAAUCAUCGAGUAAUGCGUUGGCGUGAAGGUAAAGAAGAAGGUGAAAUUGUUGUUGGUGGAAAUAAUAGUCAAGGAUAUCAACCAAAUCAACUGAAUGCUCCAAUGGGUAUAUCUUUUGAUGAUGAUGGAAAUCUUUAUGUUGUUGAUUCGAGAAAUCAACGAAUUCAAAAAUUUGAAAUAAUUGUGUGA